GUUGGCGCCCGCGAAGCUGCCACGUUCAAAGAUCGGCUUUCGGCCAGGGGGGUUUAGCACUGUCACGUGCAGAUAACGCAACCAUCCCAGAUUCUGAUCCUGGGCAAAGGCGGCGCAUCCUAAUCCUCAGCAGUUACUCUGAAUUCAUUCAAACCAACCCCAAAAUUUUGACGCGUCAACCAAACACCAGCGGUUCGAAUUCAACAAAGAGGAUCAAUAAACGAGAUACGAACCGAUAAAUUAUUGUUAGAAGUGGAUCACGUGGUUGGAUUUGAUGACCUUGGUGAUGGAAGCUCGACUUUAACGGAUUAUUGGACCAGUUACACUUGUCAUUUUUUCUUUUUAACAAUUUAUUUUCACGACAUACUCCGAAAAUGACCUCUUCCGACGUUCGCGAUGUGCUAAACCUGGGUGAUGGUGCAUCAGGUCCCAGGCCGAGCAAGAAGCAAAAGAUUGCUGCGCCAAGGCCAAACUUGAAGGGUUUGGCUCGUGAGGUACACAAUCUCGGAGGCGACAACCCCAUUGCUAUUGUCCCUGAAGUCACACAUUUCAAGAAGCGACGCUUUGCAAGUCGCAAACCUGCAGCGAGAUGGGAGAUGCGACCGUUCAAAAACUCGGCGCGUGGCGAUUCGGAUUUUACUUUGCGACACUGGAGGAGGAAGGAUGAGAAGCAAGACGGCAGCGACCCAUCGCCAGAACAGACGAGUCAAGGAGAUCAGCCACAACGACCCAGAGACGAAAUAGAGGAUUCUGCGUUUGCAAAAUACAACGUUCAGGUUUCAGUACCGCAGUAUAGCGAGGGCCAGUAUCAGCAGUCACUACAACACAAUGACUGGACCAAGGAGGAGACGGAUUACUUGCUCGAGUUGGCGCGUGGCUUUGACCUCCGAUGGCCUCUGAUCUGGGACCGCUACGAAUGGAAUCCUCCUGCGACAAACGGAGAGGCUGAUGCCGACGGUGAUGAGAGUAAGGCCAUCGUGCCGGCGACACGGCCACGUUCUCUGGAAGAUCUCAAAGCACGAUACUAUGAAGUUGCUUCUAAAAUGAUGGCAGCGCAAAAGCCUGUGCAGUACAUGACACAGCCCGAAUUUUCCCUUCAUGAACUCAUGGCGCAUUUCAAUCCACAGCAGGAGAAAUUAAGAAAGGAGUUUGCGCUCAACGCCUUGACUCGGUCACGCGAAGAAGCUCGUGAAGAGGAAUCGCUCUUGCUGGAAAUUAAGCGUAUUCUGGCACGCAGUGAGCGAUUCAACGAAGAGCGUCGCGAGUUGUAUAAUCGUCUCGAUUAUCCUCGAGCGGACACUGACAUCAAUGCCUUCAAGUCUUCUGCUGGCUUGCAGAACCUUCUUCAAAACCUAAUGACUGCUGACAAGUCCAAGAAGCGCAAAUCGUUAAUGCCUGGUGAUGGUACCAGCCCUUCUGGCACCGCACCACCGCAAACAGCGGCUGCUGCGUCUGCCGCUGCGACUGCUGCCGCCGCUGCGCAAGAAGCCGGGAGACGGGAAAGCACAGCUGCGUCCACAGGGCCUCGUGAUUCAACUGGACCUGUCGCUACACCGACAGCUUCGAACAACAAGAAGGGUCAGCCACAGCAACAACAGGAGCGCCGCAAGCUCUCGACACAGGAGGAGUUAUUGUACGGUGUGACGCAUCAUGAUCGAUUGGGCUCUGGACCGACUUUCCGAACUGAGAGAAUCAAUAAGCUGUUCUCACACAAGUCUAAUCAGCAACAGAAUCGCAUCACAAAUGUUCUCAACGAACUGGACGUACCCAACAAGCUUGCCAUGCCCACCGCGGCUACGACACAUCAGUAUGAGCAGCUCCUUGCGGCUGUCAAUAGUCUGCUCGAUGCCCGCAAGGUGUCGGACAAGCUCGAUGCCGAGAUCAAGGUUGAACAGGCCAAAAAAGCAGAUCGGGAAAAGGCUAUGGCUCCCCCUGAAUCUGACUCUACAGCCUCGGACGCCUCGAACAAAGAAACGGAACUGCUUAACGAAACUGACAAGAACGGGCGUCCUGGUAGCAGCGGUGCCGCGCACAAGAGAAGCGCGAGUGUUCUGAGUAGCGUCAGCGACAAGAGCAAUAAAAGACAGAAGAAGUAG